AUGGCGAUGUACGUCGCCAUGGCUCAUGCAGGACUUGCGUUAACGUUAACUCUCCUCUUUGGCCUCACCAAACUCCUUCAAAACUAUUGGCGACCACUCCAAUGGGCAAUCCUUUGUUCCAUGCCUUUACGUGAGCUUCGAAUGUUGAUAGUUUCCUUUUGGGCACACCCUCUUAGCCUUGGCCUAUUUGAAACCCUAAUCGCUAUCCCUAUCGCCAUUUUGCGCGCCACCACCGCCUCCCUCCUCGACUCGCAUGCCGCCUUGCUCCGCCUCAUGAGCUACCGUUCUUCCUCUUCGUGUUCGACACCGCGUGCAUCCGGUCGUCGUCAUCAAAAAUCACGUGUAAUUGCUUUCUCCAAGCUCAUGCAAUGGCUAGUCACUUUUGGCCUUUUUGUUCUUGUUUACGAAAGAAUAGGGUUUUUCUCUAUCCCAGUUAUUACAGUUCCUUGCUUUUUAGCUUAUAUAUCUGGUUUUGGAGUUAUGAUUAAACCUGGACUUGCUUCAACUCUCUCAAGAAUUUCAUCAGCUCGUAAAAAGAGAAAAGCAACUGAAAACAACAAAAGUUUCUCAUUUUUUGGAAAGUUAGGCCAAUAUAUAACUUCCAUGUUGUUCAAUAGAUUGAAUACAAUGGUUGGGAUUGGAUUGAUUUUGUUUAUGAUCUUAGGGUCAAUGUUAGGGUUCCUUUUCUUUUCUUAUAAGAUUGCAAUUGAAGGGAAAGAAGCAGUCAUUUCAUUGAAGAAACAUUUGGAAGAAAACAAUUACAGUGAGAUUAUUGGGAUUAACAAAUGGAUUGAUGAUAAUAAAAUCCCAGAGUUAAUUGAUAGUUAUAUGCCAAAGUUUUAUGAAACUUUGUCACAAAACAUUGAUUCUUUAGCUGUUUAUUACAAUGUGACAGAGAUUGUUGAUGGUUUUAAGCAAUAUUUUGAGCAGCCAUCAAUAGUUGCAACCAUGAACAAUGAAAGCAUUUUCUACAAAAAGCCAUUAUAUGAAACCAUUCAUGGGUUACAAUCAAAAGUGAAAAAAGGAGAAUGGAAAUCAAUCUAUGGUGACUUCUAUGGCAUCUAUAGGAAACUCAAGUCUUCGAUAGCUAAUGAAGAUUUAUUAGAGAAAAUCAAAGCAUUUCUACUUCAAAGCUUGGAUUCAACUAAAAGGGUAUUUUUCAGUUGUUUAACAGUGUUGGGAACGGGUGCAAAUCUCUUGUUCUUUCUAGGAAUCCUCAUUGUAUCAGGAGCAGCUGGAUUAGUAAACUUCAUAUUUGAAUUAACAGUGUUUUUAUGGCUAUUAUAUUAUUUAAUCACUUCAGAUUCAGGAGGGGUAAUGGAUCAUGUUUUGGGAAUGUUACCAGUUUCAAAAUCUACCAGGAACCGAUGUGCUCAAGUUCUUGACCAUGCUGUUAGUAGUGUAUUAUUAGCCACAGCUAAGCUUACAUUGUUCCAAGGAUGUUUCACAUAUCUUUUGUGCAGAUUUUACCGUAUUCAUUUCCUUUAUAUGUGCACAUUCUUAGCUCUUUUCAACGCUCUUUUGCCGAUAACUCCGGCUUGGGUUUCGUCGAUACCGGCCGUAGUUCAGUUAGCGAUGGAAUCGAGAUAUAUCGAAGCUGUGUUACUUACAUCGAUUCAUAUUAUAUUAUUGGAUUAUGGAACAAUUGCUAUACAAGAUGAGAUACCAGGACAUAAUGCUUACCUGACUGGACUUAGUAUCUUUGGUGGCAUUGCUUUUUUCCCCUCCAUUUUAGAAGGAGCAAUUAUGGGUCCUUUAGUCAUGACAGUCAUCAUUGCUUUGAAGAAUCUUUAUGUCGAAUUUGUUCUUGCUUUUGAUGCUGACAACACUACUCAGCACUAA